GAAAAGGGGUUAAAGGUUAUCGGGGAUGAGUCUUGGAGGUAUAUGAGGAAGGCUAACAAUCGACCGUAUGGAUCCAACAAGUGGAAACCAUUUGGGGAAAUACAUUUGAAGGUAGAUGUGUGUGUGUGUGUGUGCGCGCGCGCGCACCACAAAUACAUACAGUGAAUAAGUUAAAAACUACGGGAAUGCACCUGAUCAAGCAUAUCCUUGUUUAUUGUUUAGUUUUGUCUUAACUUUUAAGUUAGUUUGUUACAUACUUGUGAGUUAGCCUUUUCGAACACUUAUGGAAUGUAAUCUUGAAAUUUAAGUUGUGCAAUGCAUCAAUUUGUAUGUUUUAAGGAUUGCAUUGAAGUUUAUCUUAGAAAUGUGAACUUUGAUUUAUCAGUCUGUAGACAGGAAAUUAGUGUCAAAGAGUCUGGACCAUAGGACAUGGAUGCUCAGAAAUGCACCAUUAAGAUAGAAAUCAAGAAAAUUUGACUUAGUUUUCUGCUUCUGUUUCCAUAUAUUGUAGCAUAGGUCAUCAGAGCAGAAGAAAAAAGUUUGUAAAAUUUGUUGCGUGCAUAUAACUAUUGAUUGAGGAACGUAAAUCUUUUACUAGAUAAAAUGAAUGCUGGGUGAAAGAAAUGAAUAAUGAUAAUCUUAAGAGGAAUAGUCUGAUAUCAAAUGUCUAAAUUGUUUGUGUGAGGAAAGAUAAGGCAUGCUUUGUUUACUACCAGAGUAUCUUAUUGUCCAGCAUAUGAGAAAUGAAUAAAUCAUCUCGUAUUACUUUACUGGUUGCUGAUCUGCCAUAUCUGCCCUGUGUCAUAAGUUCCUACAGAUUCUGGAUCACUCUUCCAUAGUUAAUUCUUGUAAUUUUCAACCAUACUUAAUGUGAUUCAUAAAUUAUCCUGUACAGAUUCUGGAAGUAUGCCUGUAUCUGUCGAAUUACCUCUACUUGUGGUAGGCUGUGGGUAUAUAUAUUCUGAUCAACUAGCAAAACUACAACAAUAUGUCAUACAGGUCUCCUCAGUCAGGGCGAGCAAGUCAGAUGACAAGAGGCUUUCCAUAUUCACGGGAACAAAGACACUCCAUUUGCGAUGUCAAUCUAGAGAGGAUAGGACAGCAUGGAUUGAGGCUCUUGGGGUUGCGAAAGAUCAGUUCCCCAGGUUGUUGUCAAGUGGUGAUUUUGCAUCUUCCGAAGAUUUUAUCGUUUCAACAGAGCAGCUACGAUCAAGAUUGGUACAAGAAGGGAUUGGUGAGGCAGUUAUAAAAGAUUGUGAGUCUAUCAUGCUACAUGAGGUCGCUGAGCUGCAAAAUCAGUUGAAGGCUCUUCAAGUUAAGCAUAUUAUGCUGCUGGACACCUUAAGACAGUUAGAGACGGAGAAAAUUGAGCUGGAAACAACUGUUGUGGAUGAAACAAAAGAACGAGAUUCAUGUUGUGGACAAGGUCGAAGAUUUAGUGAUUUCUAUUCCAUUAUGUCUGAGGGCAGUGCUAGCGACUCUGAUGCUGACAAUGAAAGCCGAUAUGGAGUAGAUGUUGAAACAGAUGAAGAAGAUGGUGCAUUUUUUGAUACUAAUGAUUUUAUGUCUGCUGAAUCUCUUAGAAGUGCUUCUUAUCGCAGUAGAGAGGGUGCUGGAAAUGCUUGUAGUUCAUUAACGUUUGAGAAUGAGAACCUCUCUGGUCAUACAAGGGAAGUGGGGAUAGAAGUGAAGGCAAUCAAAUAUCCCUAUAUCAAAAGAAGGGAUAGUCUGCCAGAACCGAAGGAAAAAGAGAAGCCAGUUGGUUUGUGGUCAAUAAUCAAGGAUAAUAUUGGGAAAGACCUCUCUGGUGUGUGUCUUCCAGUAUACUUCAAUGAGCCUCUAUCUUCACUGCAGAAAUGCUUUGAAGAUUUGGAGUACUCACACCUGGUUGAUCAGGCACUGGAGUGGGGAAAGCAGGGGAAUGAUUUGAUGAGAAUCCUUAAGAUUGCAGCUUUUGCUGUAUCUGGUUAUGCAUCGACUGAAGGCAGGCAAUGCAAACCUUUUAAUCCUCUACUUGGUGAAACCUACGAGGCAGAUUAUCCAGACAAGGGGCUACGCUUCUUUUCUGAAAAAGUUAGUCAUCAUCCCAUGGUUGUUGCAUGCCACUGUGAGGGCAGAGGGUGGAAAUUCUGGGCAGAUUCUAAUCUCAAAGGGAAGUUCUGGGGACGUUCAAUUCAGCUUGAUCCUGUGGGGGUUCUAACCCUGCAGUUUGAAGAUGGCGAGACAUUUCAGUGGAGCAAAGUUACUACUUCUAUUUACAAUAUAAUAAUUGGCAAAAUCUACUGCGAUCACUAUGGCACUAUGCGGAUCAAAGGCAGUGGUAAAUAUUCUUGCAAGAUCAAAUUCAAGGAGCAGUCUAUUAUUGACCGAAAUCCUCAUCAGGUUCAUGGAUUUGUGCAAGACAACAGGACAGGAGAAAAAGUGGCCAUGUUAUUGGGGAAGUGGGAUGAAGCAAUGUAUUACGUGUUGGGAGAUCCAACUACAAAGCCAAAGGGUUAUGAUCCGAUGACUGAAGCCAUAUUGUUGUGGGAGAGGGACAAAUCUAAUCCUAAAACAAGAUACAACCUCACACCUUUUGCAAUAUCUUUAAAUGAAUUGACACCUGGCUUAAGAGAGAAGCUGCCACCAACCGACUCAAGGCUGAGGCCUGAUCAGCGCCACUUAGAGAACGGAGAGUACGAGCUGGCUAAUGUGGAGAAGCUCAGACUUGAACAGUUGCAGAGACAGGCAAGGAAACUACAGGAGAGAGGUUGGCGACCAAGAUGGUUUUCCAAGGAUGAGGAUGGUUGUUAUCACUAUGGUGGUGGAUACUGGGAAGCAAGGGAGAAACAUAACUGGGAGGAUAUCUCUGAUAUAUUUGGGCAGACUAGUGAUCCUUCUCCAAUAAUCGAGGAGUAAUUGCCAUUUGCCUGUUAAGCUUGCUCUUCAUUUCUCAUGGAGGUAUAUCACAUGUGGAUUUCUACCAAUUAGGAUUUAAGUUUUGAUAUUCUUUUUUCAUGAUGAAACUGGCCAGUUUAAGCGAUGUGUAUAGCUCUCUUUAGGUGCUUGGUUCAAAGUUCAGCUUGACAUUUUAUUUCAUGGAAAGUCGGAAAUUAUUCAGCUGAAACUUGGAACUGAUAUCUAAAUUGUAGACAGUUCAAAUUAAUUGUUCUUUUUAAAGCUGUCUCUA